CUGGGUUGUUGUGCUUCCGUGUUUUGUCAUUUGAUGAAUUGUUUCAUUUGCGUUUUGAGGAGAGUUUUUGAGAUUUCCACUUCGUCGAACGGAAGAUUUCAGAGCUCAAAUACAAUUCAACACUCUUCUGCUGUACAAACCUUUAAAUCAUCCACAGUAUGGAUGAAUCCCGAGUCUUUGGGUCGAUGUCGGUCUUCCUGCUGUUGUGUGUCGCAUUCAGCGCUACUGUGACAGCAACAACUACAGCUAAACCUACAACUCCUCCACCUGUUCACAAACCAUGCAAUACUCUGACUUCCUGUGAUACCUGCCUCGCCAAUGUUUCGUGUUUGUGGUGCCAGACCAACAACAGCUGCACAGAUUAUCCCGUGUCGUAUGUGAUCCCUCCCGCGUCGGUGUGUAAACUCUCUCAGGCCCGCUGGGGUGUUUGCUGGGUGAACUUCGAGGCUCUGAUCAUCGCGAUGGCCGUGGUGUUGGGAACGCUGCUGCUGGCGAUCGCUGUGUGCUGCUGCUGCUGCUGCUGUAAACGCAGACGCUCAUCAAGUUUUGACCGUGAUGAUGAGCAGUUUGCCCGUCGAAGAGAAGAGAUCAGACAGCGAGCAGAUGAGCGGAAGGUGGAGAGGAAGACGAAGCAUGAUGAAAUCCGCAAGAAGUAUGGUCUCAUCCCAGACUCCGACCACCCUUACAGCAAGUUCGAGAACGAGUAAAACCGAGGGAUUGGACGUCCAGGAAACGCUUCACCAGAUGCUUUGCUUUGCUCUUUUGAGACACGUCAUAUCACUUUAGGUUAGAUGAAGCUGGAUAGCAGCCGAAACUGAGAUUAACCUUGUCAGCCCUUCCAUUGGUUAUUUAUCUCUCUCUGCUCUGAUUUGACACUUGCUGAAUUCAGAACCGCAUACUAG